AUGUUCGUACCUGCUCAUCUAGAUAGCACCGAAGCCUGCAUUGAAGACAUCAAGAGGCAUCGCCAGGUCCCGGAUGGCUGCAUCAUCGCCUCAUUCGAUGUAGUGGGCCUCUAUUCGAACAUUCCUAUAGAUGAGAGCAUUUCGGCCGCUAUUACAAAGCUGGAGCAGCAUAAAAAUGAUGUCGACAUGCUUGGAUUGACGGUUGCGGAUGUACAGCUGAUGUUGCAGUAUGUUCUGUCAAACAACUACUUCGAGUUCAAUAGUAAACAGUACCGGAAGCGUGGAAUUGCGAUGGGGAACCAUCUGGCACCUCCGCUGGCCAUCCUCUUCAUGGAUGCGCUUGAGCAGAAGGCUCUCUCGACAGCUACAGUGAAGCCAGAUCUCUACAAGCGAUAUAUCGACGACUGCAUACUACUGUGGAGACAUGGCUAG